AUGGCAGAGAUCUACAUCUUGGGGCUAUUUCUUGGCCUCCUAAUCCUGCCUCAGUCUGACACGACGCCGGCAUCCGUGGUGAGAAUAAACCAAAAAGCCUUGGAUUAUGUGUGUGAGGUCGGGAAAGCUCCUCUCCAGAAGCAGCUGCAACUUCUCACCGUUCCCGAAUUCCCCAGGGGGAAAAUCCCGGAGUCCGAUCCCAUCCGGGUCCACCUUCGGGCCGUCCAGGUCCCCCAUCUCUCCCUGAAGUUGGUCCCGGACGUUGGACUCCGUCUGUCGGUCAGUUCACUGUUCCACCUGCGGGCCGACAGCCUGGAGCCGGAGGAGCUGAAGGCUCUGCUGGAGCAUAUUCGAAGGGCGUUCAACAACCAACUCUGCCUCAGUAUCUCCAACCUGGUCCUGGAGCUGAACGUGCGCAUGAGCACCUUGGCAGCUUUGACGCCAGUUGGUCCCGAGUCCCAAAUCCUCUACUCGCUUAUGGACGCCCCCAUCGUCACCCGGGACUACCUGGAUUUGGAGAUCAAGGCGACGCUCUUCUUGUUGGGAAAACCAAUCGUGCUUCCGGCCGGCUCGCCUCAUUUUUCCCUCCCGCCGGACGCUGGAUCCCCUCGUUUCAUGCUCAGUUUGGGAAUCUCCCAGGAUGUGCUGGAUUCGGCUUUCCUUCUCCUGCAGAAGGCCGGAUCCCUCAAUCUGGACAUCGUGGGCCAGGUGGAGUCAGACCACAAUGAACUGACGACUUCUGCCCUGGGAGAAUUGAUCCCUGAGAUUUCCCGGCAGAUCCCGGAGUCCCUGCCGGUGGUGUUGAAAGCCCGGCUGCGGGAGGUGCCCGUGCCCACCCUCAGGGGGGAAGCUCUGACCCUGCAGCUCCACUUCGCCAUCUACUUCCAGGCCCCCUCCUCCAGCUCCAUCUCCCAGACCCUCUUCACGCUGGACGCCGAUGUCCUCCUGGGCCUCCGGUUGUCUGUGAACAAAGUGAAACUCCAGGCUUCCCCCAUCCUGGACCGAACCCCGGACGUGACUCUGGCUCCUCGGGAACUCUGCGCCAACUCUGGCCCCCCAGAAAUUCUGGGAGCUUCUGGUUCUCCGGGAAUUCUGGAAGUGACUCUGGCUCGCCAAGAAUUCUGCGACUCCAUCCUGGGGCUGGGGCUCACCUUACCUAAUCUGGUCGGCGUCGACUACGUUCACCCCGAAUUCUCCAUCCAUGAGGGUCAGGUGGUUAUAUCCUGCGGACUGGCGGUCCACCAGUGA